AUGGAGGAAAUGCAUAACACAAUGAAUUUAAAAUCACAUCUGAUUGAAGAUAUUGAUGCGAACGGGUAUUUGGUUAUUAGUAAUGGCCCAGACGUUGAAACAGAGAAAAUAAACGAAGUACACAUAGAUUCUGGGUUUGAGAAAGAAGAAGCUAAUGAUGUAAUGGGAAUGGUUUUCGAUUCUCCCGAUGAUGCAUAUGCUUUCUACAAUCGCUGUGCAUUUUUACAUGGAUUUGGAAUACGUAUAUCUUCGGCUUAUAAUAAUAAGACCACCAAUGAGCCUUAUCGAAGGAUAUAUGUGUGUAACAAAGAGGGGUUUAAAGACAUGAAGUGUAAUAGGUCUAAUGGAGAUGUUAAGAAACGUCGUCGAAAUUUAAGGACAGGGUGUGAAGCAUACAUUCGGAUCUCAAAAAAUAAAGAAGGGAAAUGGUUCGUGGAUAGAUUUAACGACUCACAUAAUCAUGAGCUAACUGCUAGUCCUACCAAAGUAAUGAAACAUCGGUCUCAUGGGAGGUUUCACCGCUGA